AUGCUCCACGAGCUCUUCCUCAUUCUUGCUGGCCACUCAUCCCCGCUCUUCACCCCAGAGCUUCCUGAUAACUUCCCACUUGUUUCUCCAUCCGAACGAGCCCUUCUUAACGACCUUGCUAGUAUUGGUAUCCUUCAUCGCCGAAUUCGCUACUCUUGCGACCUUAUCACGACCCACCACCCAUCCACAGUUGCCCGCGCUGUCGCUUGUGGCAUCAUCAACCAUCUUCAAAAGUUCCGAACUCAGGUCACUGAGACCGAAAGACUUAUUCUUAAUCAUGACGACCUACUCGUUGGAGCCUACAAUAUUGUCCCAUUGGCAAAGAUCGUGGCACUAUUUUCUGGCUGGAGGAGGGUUCUUGAAUACAUGGAAGGGUUGACGAAGUUGAUGCUUUUCGGUGAAGCUGCUGGGCUUCGUACACAAGAGACAGAGGAUGGCGAAGAGGAAGAAGAGGACUUGGAGGACGAUGUAGAAGACAUUGAAGAUGAUGAUGCAUCCGAGAUUCUUACACAACGAGGCGUCAAAGGUGCCAAAAUUAUCGAUAGGUUACGAGAGGACAUGCAUACAGGGUACCCUUCCCUCGAGGAACUAGUCAUCGAAUUAUUGAAUACGGCAGAACUAGCGUGGUUACGUCAAGUUUCUACUUGGGUUCUUUACGGGCGAUUGCCGACAUUUGGAGCCUCGGAUUUUAUGAUCAGGGAAAUGGCUACGGGGGAACAGGAUGAGGAAGACGACGACGUAGAGGAAACGAUGCUUUCCCUGGACUUCGCGCUAUCGAGGAGUAAUAUUCCAAAAUUUGUGACACCCCAGACCUCAAGUUCAAUAUUGUUCGUGGGAAGGGCUUUGCAUCAGAUCCGGAGGAAAGGUGGAUUAAUAAAGGCUGGGUCCAAGGCCGCUGCAACAGUCACAUCAGAGAAGGCGCUACUACAGGAGCAUCUGGCUAUAUUACAGGACCUCAAAACGCCUCUUAGUCCGGUUUUAUUUCAGGCUGCGAUUAGCUCGAUCCGCGAUUCGCUAUCGAUGAACACAUUACAGUUGCUUUUGCCGACGGAACAGAUACUGGAUGUUCUUCACAUACUGCGAGAGUUCUAUCUACUUGGUCGGGGAGAAUUCGCCAUCGGAUUAGUCGAACAAGCUGACGAAAGUAUUCGCAAACGACUCACUCGACCCGCAUUAUUCAAAUCAAAGACGGGCACUUCUCUUGGGGCGAUUACCGUAAAAGAUGGUGAGGUUGGGAACGUUCUCAAACGAACAUGGGCGGCAUUAUACCUUCGACAAGCGGAGGAACAACAUGAUGACAGACUCGACCGGGCGAGGGAGGUUCUUUAUCUUACUUUGCAGACUAAAGAUGGGAGUACUGUUGGAGGUACACCGGGAACGGCGCCGAUCAAGGUCCCGUUGAUUGUGAAGAAUUUGGAUAAGACGGCGUUUGGGGAUUUACUGUUAGGUGUACCAAUCAGCCUAGGGUUUAACCUGACAUGGCCAUUGGAGCUGUUUUUAACGCCGCAGGACCUGGAGAUAUAUCAAUAUCUGUUUCACUACCUACUUUCUAUUCGACGGGCGCAGAUGAAACUACAGGGUUUAUGGCAGGCGAGGAGGAAUACAGCGGUACAAGGGAUCGCUACAAGGCGGAAUAAAGAGGAGUUGAAGGGAAAAAGGCAGAUUCUAGUGAAGAGGGAGAAGAGCCAGAGACUCGCGUGGGCAACAGCGAAUCUUUGUAUAUUCUUCCUAGAGAGUUUGGGGAUUUACUUUCAAGGGAACGUGGUUGAUUCGGGGUUCGGCGAGCUGGAAGGAUUGGUUGGGGUUGGGCAAUCUUCAGCCGCGGGGGCAGAUACGGCGAUACCUGGGAGCCCGGUCACCGGGAGGUUUGGGUCCUUUGGGAGGAGAGGAGGCCAUAUGGGUUCUAUAUCCUCUCGACCUAAAACGCCGCAGAGCCCUCGGACACCGACACUACAAUCGUUUGCCAGUCCUAUCAGGACGAAGUUUACGGCGCCAGGGUCACCGAGGACUACGAAGGAUGGGCUAUCGAGAAGACCAGAGACACCAAAUACACCCAAGCUCACGACCGAAGCCGAAGACGAGAAGAAGGUUACCAACCCGGAGACUCUGACAUUGGCUCAUCAACGGUAUUUACGAUCUAUUUGCCAGCAGACCUUUAUCACAGAUACGAUAUUCACGAAUCGACUGAGAACGUUGUUGGAAAUGUGUGAGAUACUUGGUACGCAUGUGACCGGGCUUAUGAGAGCGAAUGAGAUUCUGGAUCUGGUAGACGCGGAUGAUAGUAUGGCAGAGGAUGGGUUAAGGGAGUUAGAUAGGACUUGUGGAGAGAUAAGAGGGGUUGUGGGAGGACUUGUAAGGAGAUUACAUGAGAUGGAUGAAGAGAGGGAUAGAUUCGAGGUUACAAGGAAGGGGCAGAAGGCGAACCAGAAGAAGGGUGGUGAGAGUCUGAGGGCUGGAGGGGCUGGAGGGUCGUUCUUUGAGGGGGCUGGGAUAGACAAGCUGCUGAUGAAGCUUGAUUUUGCAACCUUGAAUUUGGGGAUACAGUGA